CUCCCAAUUCCAUGUUUGAACUUGUGAUCCACCAGUUGUUCGCCUGCCUGGAGGUUCCCAAUCUCCACGACUCUGCCUGUAUAUAAACCCAGAGAAUAAUAAUUUUUUAAAAAAGCAGUGAAGGUGGAUCUGCGGCUCGAUGUGGCCCCAUAUCUCGUCGCAGGAUCUGCUGGUGGUGGUGAUACUCGCAGGUAUCGGCAAUGUUGCUGGUGUUCACAUGUACACAGAAGGCAAUGUUGAGGCCCGAAAUGGCACCGAGCGCCGUCUAAAGUGCACAUUUCAAUCCAGCUCCCCUGUUGGGAAACAGACGACUGUUACCUGGUCCUUCCGACCCGAGAACGGUGGCACUGAGGAAGUUGUCCUGUAUUAUCUUGAGCAGCCAUAUGCAACUUCAAAGGGACGGUUUAAGGAACGGGUGGUGUGGUCAGGAAACAUCUGGAGAAAAGAUGUAUCGAUUACCAUCAUUGAUCUACAGUUUUCAGACAAUGGAACCUUUACGUGCGCCGUGCUGAAUCCCCCUGAUGUGGACCUGGUCUUUGGUGAAAUCAAACUUAACGUUGUGCAUAAAGUCACUUACUCAGAGAUGCUGAUCCUGGGGAUUGUGAUCGGAGGAGCGACAGGACUGGUGAUCCUGAUCGUGGUCGUGAUGGUUACUGUGCAGCUCUGCCGGAAAUCGGGGAAUUUGAUAGACGACGAGGAAAUGAUGCAGGAGCCACAGAAGGGGGCACUAGAAUACGAACACAAAGAUGGUACGGAAAUGGAGGAGUUAAAUGGUGAGAUGAUUUUUGCGGAAGAGGCCAAGUCAGCAAGGGUUGUCUGAAGACUGACAGACCACAUCUCAGCUGGUAAAUCAUAGGCUCGAGGCCUACUCCUGAGACUGUGCGAGCACUGCCAGAGAAACUAUUGAUGAGGUAAUUCACUGUUUCUGGAACAGCACGGAGGCAUAGCUGGGAUUUGGGUAAGAAAUUCUGACCUUUUAGACUGCUGUAAAAGAUCCUCCGGUUUUUGAAUAAAAGAGGUAUUCCUGACUCAGUGAAAGGCCAAUAUUUUUGUUCCCUCAACUAACAUCACUGAAACAGGUUUGCUGUGUGUAAUUUAUCCACUUUAUUUCCUGCACUGCAACGGUACUGUGUUGAAUGUGAAGCACUUCAUAAUGUCAUACCAUGCCAUAAAAGUUACUGUAGAAAUCAAGACUUCCUUUGCUUCCCCACGCUGCCACCCUCUACUGCACCCCUCACCCCACCUUUCCCAUACGGCCCCAUACUGGCCUGCCGAAGUGCUAGCACAUGUGGGAGAAUCCUUGUUGUUGUGUUCCUUCCCCUUUCGAUACCCAUCCAUACCCUGGUUGCAACUGAAUUUCAAUUUGCAUUUGAAAACUAUCAUGUCUCUCCCCCUCUGUGCCUUGCCCAAUUCCCACUUGCUUUUUAGGAUUGCAAUCCCACAUUGGGAUGGGAAUUCCAGUGCCUUGCUGAAGGUGUACAAGCCAAGAAGUUGUUGGCUAGGUAAUGGAGAACUUUGGAGAGAGGGGUCAGUCACAGUGCAGUCCUGUCCAACCCUUUAUCAUUAUCAACACUUCUGAUUAGUUCUCAGCCUUUGAAACUCAAGGGAAUGAAGUCUGUUCUCCUUAGAACUAAAGAAAUUCCCCAUAUAGGAUCUGACCAGCACCAAGAUCCAUAACUCCCAGUAUUCCCAGAGCUUCACUGGCAAGAUUACUCAACCCUGGCUAACCUUCAGUUGGAGAAGAUGCUCCCAUAUUACUGUUGGGUUGGAUAUCCUGGAUUUUGAUCCCGUGACCAGCUGGUGUAAUGUUACAGGUCGACCUUCACAAAUCCGGCUACCUGUAAUCCAGUUCCUUCGAUAAUCCGGCACUGAUUAUGCUUAAUGUGACCCUUCUGUAAUUCGGCAUUUUCAUUAAUCAGGCACUCCUCAGGUCCCAAUGGUGCCAGAUUCGUGAAGGUCGAUCUGUAGUGAGAUGUUGGUGAUCCACAGUUUCUGGCAAACCUGGGAGAGCAAAAAAUGCAUCUGAUGCUCCUGAAAUAUCAAACAUAACUGUAACUAUGGACCCUCUGUCUUUUAUAAAAUGGUGUUCUUUGUCUU